AUUAUUAUUAUUAUUAUUAUUAUUAUUAUAGUUCAGGGGCAAAUUUGUAAUUUUUUAAAGUUUAGGGAUAUGUUUGUAUUUUCAAGGGGUGGCGAUAAAAUAAAAAGAGUGGCGAAGUUUUAAGGAUCAUGAAUUGAAAAUGAACAAAGUUCUACGAGAGGGAAUAUUUAACAUGCUCUUUUGCAGAAAAUGUCACUCUUUUUCUCCUGCUUCAACCUAUGCUGCUAGUGCUAACAACUAACCUGUGUGCAGGAUUAUUUCUCUGGAAUCAAUCUCUUUUGCAAUACUUUCGGAUUCAAGCAGUAAAGGUUGAAUUUCUUAGCAAUUUUGUUGCAAUAAUUUCUUUUUAAAUUUUUCGUCUGCUUGUUUAUUUCUUGAAAUUUGCUUCUACUGCAUAACUGUUUGGUUCUUCGCUCGAAUUUAUGGAAUUUUGGUAGUUGCCGUUUGUAUUCUGUUUUAUUUUCUAAAACUGGGGUAUAAUUUGUGUAGUAAAUUGGGGGUGGGGAAGGGUGGGGGUGAGUGAAGUGGGUAUAUCCACCAUUUUUUGUGUGGUAUUUUGCCAUUUUGGUGAAAGGGGUUGAGAUUAUGGACAUAUGGUGUUAUCUGUCGCUUUUGGGGGUUUGCCUACCAUGUGUUUGACGAAUUGCUUGGACUAUAAAUGCUCAUGCCUUGACUUCAAAUCCAUGUUUCUUUAGGAUGUAGCUGAUUUUUGUAUUUUACAUUUCAUGGGUUUUUUACUAAGGGUUUUAGACAACUGUUGUUCCUUGCAAAAUUAAGACCUUGUACAAAGGUACUAGUGUACUGCCCAUAGCAAAUUAGUUUCGCUGAAAUUUUUAAUUCACACGUAGUCAUGUUUUGUUCUAAAUUUAUUUCUUUUUUAUGGUUAGGAUCCAAAAGAAUAUUGCUUGUGUUUGCUAAAUUAUGCUACCAAUUUUGUUUCCUCUAAUUUGAUUAUUGUAUUAAACUAUUUUGGAAGAUAGUUUUCAUUGGAUAGAUUCUCUAUGCAUAAGCUGUAUUUUAGUUUAUAUUAAACUAACAUUCCAUUACUGGUUACCACAAAACUUAGAUGGAGUUAGGGGUCGGAUGUAAACAAACUUACCUUUGCUAGUGAUAACACAUAAGUUUUUUGUGGUCGUUUUGGCUAUUCUAUAUUAAGUUUAAUCAUCAAAGUCAUUAUUUUUUCCCAAUUCUUUUAUCUUUUUCUUAUGAGAGUAAGGAUGUUUGACAAGGAGUACUUUUGAUAAGUUUGUCUAUGGGUUUUGCUUAAUCUUCCUUUCAAUGGUUGCAAGGGAGAUGACUUUACAAUAUGUAGCAGCAUUUAAGUACUCUCUCUUUGGACUAGAGAAUAGCUUGAAGGCAUGCCAGAUUUCUAGUGGAAAUCUCUCUACUUCGCAACAAAAGACAACCCUUGUUCCGAUUACAGAAAGGGGAAGGAUUCUUUGCGCUUCUUCAAUGAAACCUCUAGCUCUCUCUUUCACGCACUCUGAUAUCAGAAGGUGGAGGUGUGGAAAUGCUAAGAAUACGGAUUACGUGAGCUCUAAUGAUGGGGAUGGUCUUAUGGAUGAAGAUGAAAGGCGUGAGUGGAGAAAAAAGAUAUGGGAAGUGAUUGAUAAGUACCCAAACGUGGAAGAGGAGCUUGAUCUCGAGGAGAAGAGGAGGAAGAUGCAGAAGCUUUUAGCCGAUUAUCCCCUUGUUGUGGAUGAAGAUGAUCCUGAUUGGCCUGAGGAUUCAGAUGGACGAGGGUUCAAUCUGGAUCAAUUCUUUAACAAGAUCAGCAUCAAGAAUGUGAAGAAAAAUAAUGAUAAUGGGAAUGACAAUGAUGACAGUGACAAUGAGAUUAUAUGGCAGGAUGAUGACUACAUUCGCCCAAUUAAAGAUAUCACCUCUUCAGAAUGGGAGGAGACAGUGUUCAAGGAUAUCAGUCCUCUUAUUAUUUUGGUGCACAACCGUUAUAGAAGACCAAGAGAAAAUGAACUAUGCCGAGAUGAAUUGGAGAGAGCUGUGAAUAUAAUAUGGAACUGCAGGUUACCAUCACCUAGGUGCAUAGCAAUAGAUGCAGUUGUUGAUUGUGAGUUGGCCGCAGCUUUGAAAGUGUCCACUUUUCCAGAACUCAUUUUCACAAAAUCUGGAAAGAUAUUAUAUCGUGAAAAAGCUAUACGACCAGCUGAGGAAUUAUCUAAGAUCAUGGCUUUCUUUUACUAUGGUGCGGCAAAACCACCUUUCUUCAACUUAACUGAAAACAUUGAUGAAGCAAUUCCCAUCAGCACUGAAUCUUAGCAAGAAACUCUCUGGUGAAGGUUUAUAACUUGGGUUACUAACUUGCUAUAAGAGAUAUUACAGAUUUGGUAGUUGGUCCCUUGGAAAAAGCACGGUCAUUGGUCUUAUUACGAAUCACAACUUUAUCAUAUCUGCAGACUUGCUGGAUCUCAUGGGCAUUUAUGUUUUGGCCCUACAGCUCAGAUACCAAGUCUUUGGCAUUCAGAUGGAUCAAGGACCGAAGUUCAGCUAAUAAAUUCAUGAUUUAACCCUAACGAUGAAGUUUAGUGGAGUACGCAUAGUCGCAUACGGCAUACUGGUGUGUAUUGAACCAGAUAUGUUUAUUAAACCAAAUUUGGGCCGGGGUAGAGUUUGAUUCCGGCAUUUGUAAUUCUAACGUAUACAGUUGUGGUUAAUCCUUGACCGGAAGGGCUCUCUGCAGAUUCCAAGUAUCGUCAAGUAGCAGCAGCAGCAGCUGGAAGACCAGUAAAAGUAACAUCUAUUUUAUAAGCACUGAUAGCCUAGUUCUAUUAUGAAAGUUAUGACGAAUAAGGAUGAGCAUCUGCAUGGAUUUAGUACCCUAUCAAGGCCUUGUUCGACUCGCUCUAAUUUAAGAGUAUGAGUCUAAUAAUUUGAUUUUAUGAGUACAGUCUUUACUGAUGUAUUUGGAUCUAGGUGAAAAAAAUAGACUUUAAUUUUGCGUCUAAGUUUCUAGACUCGGAUUCGAUUCUAAACCGUAAUCAUAUGUAUUUCUGAAUUAUUAUUUAUUUUAACACAAAACGUCAUUCUUACUUGUUAUAA